GACAAGCCCCACAGAAGGUAGGAGAAGGUCCUUGACUGUGCAGCCUCAGCUGGACUUAUCUCCAGUUUUCCUUGAUGGUACUUUAAAAAAUAACCAUCGGCUGCCUUCCAGAGGUCUGUCUGACCUGAAGGCUGUUAUGUCUGUGCAGAACAGAUGAUCCAGUGGUGGGCUGGGGGACCAGCAGGAAGGGAGCCCCUUGUAAGGCAGGCAGGCAGAGCUGGAGCUUUGGCAGUCUUGAUUGGAUAAGCAUUUAGGAGCUUGUGGGAUGGUUCACGGGGGCCCAGCAUCUUAGAUUCCAUGCAGGAGUUUGCAGAGAGAGGUAAAAGAAUAACCAGGUAUUUCUCAGCUGCAGGCAGGUCUGACUCUCCCAGUUGAAAAUUUACAGCUCAGGGCCAGAAUCUGUUUCCCAUGCAGCUUGGGCUUGGAAAAUCAGUUUGUGACUCAUGGGCUUUUCAGGAAGGUGUUGAUUUGUAGCUGCAGUAACGUGGGUGAACCUGGACUGGAAGAGGGAAAAUGGGUGUGGGGAGACGGCCAUGGAGGCCACUGGAAAUGUAGUAAACCAGAUGGUAGACCUAUUCCCCCCGUUAGACAGGCUCCCUGAGCAAUCUACACUAUGAGCCUUAAGGCUUUUGUACCCUUUGGUCUAGUGAUUCCAUUUCAGGAAUUGUUCACUCUGAAAUCUUUCAUCAGCAAGUAGUCUCAAAGAAGAAAAUGGCUAAAUUCUUUUGUUAACAGGCAUAAAAGAUAUUUCUGGAAUGUCAUCUGUAAUAGCAGAAAUGGGGCAUAAUUGUUUCUUUGCUGAACAUCUUGGUUAAGUAAAUUGUUUUUCUUUCCACUUGGUGGAAUAUUACAUAGCCACUCUAAUUAUAAGCACAUAUGGCUACAAAACCACUUGGAAAACAAUGUUGAUACAAUAAGUGAAAAUGUCUGGUUAUAGAAUGAGUACAUUAUGGUAACUUGUAGAAUACGCACAUGGGGAACGAUUGCAGUGGCACGUGAUGAUGGUUGGUUGGUUUCAUUAGGAAUGCGUUUCUUUUCUAUGAUGCAUGGAUCAGCCUCUUUUAAAACCAUUCAAUUUGGGUGACUGAAGAAUAUACCAUUAAUAGUGACCCUCUUUAAAAUGUGGGCUUAGGAGAGGUUUUUGCUUGCUAAGUCACAUGCUUGCUAGGCGAGUGUUUCACCACUGUGCUACAUUCUGAGCCCCCUAAUAAUAUAUUUUUAAAUACUAGAAUUAAAAUUUUCAGUGUGGGCCUGUUUGUGCUCAUGCAUCCAUCCCCCAUCCAUCCCUCAUAGGUCUUAUUGCAGGAUCUAGGCAAUGAUUACCCAGCAGUGAAAACAAAGCCCAGGGCCUCAAGGAGCUUUCAUUCUAAUUGGGGAGGAAAAGACCAUAAAUAAAUAGUGAAAGUUCUAUGAAGAAAAUAAAACGCGAUGAUGUGAAUGGCAGGGAAGCUAUUUUGCUUCCUGAGCUGUGGAUCCAUUCCCUUAGCCUUCUUGCCCACCUCGCUCCCCCAUGCCUCCCAGCUGGGAUUUGCUGAGCAUUUGAGCCUUCUGAAAAAUCCUCUGUGUGGAAUGUUUCUUUCUGACACUGGCUGCUGCUGAUCUGGGCAGAUGGCUCCUCUGGGCAGCCUGUACACGGGCCGCUGCUCUUGGCUGGCAUUUCCAUAGGAGAGCUGGGCCAUCUGAGAUGCUAGUAGCAUCGGGGUGGGUCGGCAGUAAGGAACACUGCGUAAUGUGUGCCUAGUGAGGGGUCUUUGAAUGGUUCAUGCCUUGAAGCCCUGAGGGAUGGUCCUGUGAGGGUCAGCUUUGACCUUCAAGGAUCUUUGUGUGUAUUCUGCCAGAACUUGCCUGAGGAAGGGACUGGGAGCCUUCAGUAGCUCUGACAACCAGUUCUGACCUUCACUGAUUAUCCAUCUAUCAAUGUGCAUCCUUCUGACUUCCUAUUGAUUCUCCAGAUGCCAUCCCAACUAUCCAGAAGCUUGGAAAAUGGUAGUGUCCUUAGAGUGCCUGGAGACGGCCUCUGAGGAGGAACAGUGUGCUGAUUAGGGAUGAAGACUCUGGAGCCAGCCUUGUGGAUUUUGAAUCCCAGAGUUGUUUUUAUAGCCAUUAGUUAUAGGCCAAUUAGCCUCUUGCUUCCUCACUUUCCCCAUCUGUAAAACAGGCUGGAGGACUAUCUGAGUCAAUGCGUGAAAAGCGCUGAGAAGAGCAUCUAGUUAUUAUUGUGACGGGAGGUGAGGAGAGGACCCCAUCUAGGCCUGCAGUGUCCCUGAUUUCAGGGGGUCAUCCUGGGGGGAUGCCCACAGCAAGAAUGGUCGAGGUCAGGGGCAUCUGAGCCCACCAGUGACCACGAGCGUUUCCUUCUGCUUGCUUUCCUUCUAGCCCUGAAGCAAGCCUGGGUUUUCCUCCUCUUACCCUGAGGGCUGUAGGGAACGCUCAGGAUGAUCUCGGGCCUUACUCCAGACGGAGAGAACUGCCCUCUCCUCACUGACUCCACUGAUCCUCGUGUGGAGUCCACCUGGGGACGGGAUCCAGAGUCUCAGAAGCUUUGCCCUAGGGGCCUCCUACAAGGCCUAUGUGUCUCUCCAGAGGAUGGAUUUAGGUUCCUGGGGACAGGGAAUGAAGCUUGAGAAGCAAAUAGGGUGAAAGAAAUUCUGUCCAACCUGGCUGUGUGGGAGGAGAGGCUUGAUUUUUCCAGCAAAUUGCUUCUCUGGACAAAAAUUCCCAGAGUCAUUAUGCUGUGGCACCUUAGUUUCCUGGAAUUAGAUGAGAGUUUUUGGCAAAACCAAGGGCAAUCAUUCCAUCUGGUAUUGCCUCCAGCCCAUCUCAGGCUCCUAUGGCAGUCUCUACCCUUUUCACCUGCUCUCUGAACCUGAGCCACCCUGUGGAUGAGCUCAGCAGGCUCUGAGAGAGCAGCAGGUGAGACCCCUCAUCUCACCUGGAAGCAAGUGUCUGUCCAUGCACACACAGGUGGACAGGCCCUCUUUCACCCUUUCAGAGCAUUUCAGAGCAGGACACUGAAAGCCUCCUCUCCCCUCCCCAUCACCUGUUCCUGUGGACGGUAGUUGGCUGCUCUGGCCAAUCACCUUGAGCCCUUUGCAGGAACACUGUGUUCCUAGGCCCUUCAUCAUCAAGCAUGAGGGCUCUUGGAAUCGAGUGUUAGUUCCCAAAACCCUACUUGUGAAACCAUCCACUCCUCUCCAAAUGCUUUUUUCAUGCUUCUAGUCCUGACCAUGCUUGUCCUCUUUACUCCACCCUGAAUUUUCUUUCCUGGGCUGUCCUGACUUUGUGUCGCAGUCCUCAGGAUGGUUGUGUUUGUCACCAGGGAAAAGAGGCCAACAUUCGCGGAGCUGCUGGUUCUAGCCGCGGCAGGCUCUCCCAAGGCUCUGGUUCCAGGGCUGAGCAAGGAGCCAGGUCUUUCAGUUGCCCCCAUCCGUCUUGUGUGGACCAGCUGUGUUCUCCUGACACAACCCCUCGGACAAGGUCUGACCUUGCCUAGAAAUGUUUCUCAAGUGGCUACUCGAGCUGGGCUUCAGAUGAAUCAUGACAAAGCCUGGUGCUUCUGUAGCCACAGACAGGAGCAGGCUCCAGGGGGCACCAUGGCUUCUGCGGAGCCGCUCACGGCGCUGUCCCGCUGGUACCUGUACGCCAUCCACGGCUACUUCUGCGAGGUGAUGUUCACGGCCGCCUGGGAGUUCGUGGUGAACUUUAACUGGAAGUUCCCGGGCGUCACCAGCGUGUGGGCCCUCUUCAUCUACGGCACCUCCAUCCUCAUCGUGGAGCGCAUGUACCUGCGCCUGCGGGGCCGCUGCCCGCUGCUGCUGCGCUGCCUCAUCUACACGCUCUGGACCUACCUGUGGGAGUUCACCACGGGCUUCAUCCUGCGCCAGUUCAACGCCUGCCCCUGGGACUACUCCCAGUUCGACUUUGACUUCAUGGGCCUCAUCACCCUGGAGUACGCCGUGCCCUGGUUCUGUGGGGCCCUCAUCAUGGAGCAGUUCAUCAUCCGAAACACCCUCCGCCUCCGCUUUGACAAGGAUGCCGAGCCUGGGGAGCCCGGGGGGCCGCCAGCCCUGGCCAACGGCCACGUCAAGACUGACUGACUGUCGGGGAACAAGUGGGAGGGCUUGGGGGAGGUCUCUUAUGGAACCCAAGGACAAAGAGACCAAGCUGUCAGGGUUACCCCUUCUGUUCAGCACAGCCCCCCCCCCCUUUUGCUCGUAGGGCACACACAGCCCCAUACCCUCCAGGGUGGGAUGGUGUUAGGAGGUGGGGUGUGUAGGCAACAGAAGGACAUUGGUAAGGUACAUGGAUCUUGGCCCCAGUCCAGGGGCUGGUAGCAGGAGGCUUCUGGCUGGGCAACAAUUGGACUACAUGGUUGGCUUUUUUGGAAGAAGCAGGAUCUAUCCUGGCUAAGGGUCAUUGAGAAUGGGGCAGCAGGUGGGAGGCAAGCUCUGAGGAGGCUUUGGGCUGCUGCUGCGGUCACCUUCCUCCCACUUGCCUGGAUUUAUUUGGGCUUUGGCUGGUUCCAUUAGGCAAUAUUCAGGUGCUUGCUUGCAACCAAUACCUCCCUGGGGGCCUGCUGAGCUGCAGCCUAAGAGAGACUGAGCAGCCAGGAGGCUGCUUGGCUACCAUGCUAGUCUGCAAGGGCUGGGAAACCUUUCCCUGGCUCCUCUCCCCUCCCCCAGGGUCCUGCUCUGCUCCCUUGGCCUUCUGGGGGCCCCCGUGGUGCUGGAUUCCCACCAACCUUGGGCUUUGGGAGGUUUCAAUCCCUGUGUGUUCGGUGGUGUUUCCCCUUUUCUUUCUUUCUCUUUUUUUUUUUAAAGCCUUUACCACUAGUACCCCUUUUAUCCAUGUCAGCCACCUGCCCCAUUCCCAACUUCCUAACCAACACAGCAGUGGCCAGAGGUAGAACCCUGACAUAGACUUUACCUGCCUUCUCCGGGUCCUGCAACCACUGCUCUCACUGGCCUGAUGACUGGGGAGGCCCAGUCACCAGUUCUGCCUCCCUGGCUAUUGUCUGAUGAGCAGUGUCCCCCUCCCUGCAGGCGCCCUGCUGAAAAUGAAUUGUGUCCCCCAGAAUACAGUUGAGCCCAGAGGGGCCUUGUGUAUCCACAUUGGAACCUAGAGGCAAAUUAGCUGAAUGGGGAGUGGCGGAGGCUGAGCUCUAUCCUGUUUGCUGUCACUGGCUUAUGUUCUAGGUAGUCUAGCUUUCUGGGGGGCAGGUAUCCAGUGUUGGAGACCCGUGGAGAAUGAGGAAGGAAAAGAGGACUGUGGAAGGCUCUCUGGAGCUUCUUUCAUGGGUCAGGACUAGUUCUGGUUCUACUGUGGCCCCAGCUCUGCAGCUAAACCUCAGGGCUGCCCCCGCCUCCAGCAAGGCUGACCCUUUGAACUUGCUCCUCACAGUGUUAACCCUGCCAUGCUCGUGGGCAUCGUCAUCUUGAUUCUCUCUCUUUCCCCCUGCAACAGGUCCAUUGCUGGCAGUGGACGAGUGAAAUCCUCACUCCAGGCCUCUCUGACUCUGUCUGCCUACACUCUGAGGAGAGGGGUCCAUCAAAAAACAAACCAUUCCAUGGGACAUGGUUUCAUCUUGACCACUAGGACCGAAGUAGAAAUUAUCCUUCCCCUUCUUAUAGACCGUUAAAAAGUGGCUACCACCUGGGGAGAGAAAUUCCUCUUGGUGGCUGUUCCCCUGGACUGUGCAGACAGAAGGGGUGUCCUGGGCUGGGAGAUAGUCUGGUAGCCUUUGUCUGAGUUUGUCCCGUCCAGGGCAGGAUGUAAGGUGUUUCCAUUUCUGUUUCCUGUGCCGGCUCCUCAAAUUGAGAACUGCAUCCUGUGGGUGAUGGUCCUAUUAUUGUGGCCCUAAUUCUAGGAUUUUGGGGGUUACAGGGAGUCAGACUUCCAGUGGGGGUGUAUUGCUGUCCAUAUACAGAUGGUUCCUUAUUGCUGGACACUCAUUUCCUUGGUCCCCCCAAUUCUAUGGUGUCUCAUUCUCCUGCACCCUAAAGACCCUCCAGCCACCACCUUUACAUUCCCCUUGUACAACUGAAUUCAGUGGCCAGAGACCUCAGGGUCUCCCAGCACAAGCCCUCCUUACUUGUCAGCUAGAGUAAGCCCUUAGAUGGCCUGUCAGGUCUCACCACUCCAGAUGUUGCCUUGUGGGCAUUUCCUGGUCCCAUUUUCUCUCCUGGUCCUAUAAAUAUCAAAUGCAGGAGUUCCCAGAGUGAGCAUGCAUCCCUGGCACCAUUCUGCAUUGUGGGCCUAAGUGUCCCAUUGCUCCUGUGUCCUCUUAUAGGGCACAGAGCCCCCAAGAAGAGAAGGCUACAACCCGCAGCCUGACCACAGAAUCUGCAAAGUUCACAUCUCACCAGGAAUAGUAGAAGAACUGUUGCUUUUCUGGGGGGCAGGUAUCUUCAGGUGUCCAAUCCUUUAGUGCUCAGGGCCUUAAAGUUUGGGUAAUCCUAGCCCUGCCAGGCAGUGAGGGUGCUGGUGGGGAGUCUGCUUGCUCUUUAGGAACCUCUGGUGUCCUGGGCCAUUCCAGACUGUGGCACCAUCUCUCAAGUUAGACUGCAGAUGUGCUGCUUCUCACAGUUGAGCUGCUUUGAAUGUCUGCUAGGUUUCCUGUGCUGUCCCUCCUCAGUGCCAGUGAGUCACAAUGGCCUAUGCUUAUUCAUAGCAAUAAUAUUUAGGGGGUACCCAUGAAGCCCUUUUGUCCUGGUCCCUCGCUCUGCAUGGGUCUCCUGGUGAGGCAGCUGCUGAGUGGGUCAGCUCGUGUGACAGCCUAUGCUUAGGAAGCUCUUCACUACAGAACACGUACCAGGGGAGGCAGGCUAGGGACAGGCCUAGUCCUUUAGCUCUGGCUAAGGCAGGGAGAAUGCCUUCCCCCCUGAGGCCACCCAGACUCCGAGGAGCUGCAAAAAGGGGCUGUUGAAGUGGUUGAGACUGUCUUCCCAUUGGGCAGCUCCUGAGAAAGACACAUGACUGGUUGGUGUGCCCAUUGCCUGCUGUGUCUCCGUUGGUCUCUGUCUUUUCCUUUUCAUAUCUAAAAACAAAAUAUACUGGUGUUUGUGUUCCAGAA